AGGAGGUUUGACGCUUUCUAGGACUGCGCGUCCGCGGCUAAAAGCUGGCUAAGAUUGGAUUGAUAGGCAUUGGCUGAUCUCUUGAACAGCUCGUCUUCGGGUUAAGAGAGGUUCAAGUCGUAGAAUGCCAGAGCACACCAUCGUCGAGCGGUGGGGCGUCGAGCACAGUGCAUCAUCCGACUUGAGAGAAGGAAGCUCGACCGUGUCUGCAUGCCCCCGGGAGGUUGUCCACUUUUUGGAGACGCGUCGUCGAGCGAUUCUCGGUCGGCAUGGUUGAUGCUUGGUCGAUGAGAAAGAACGAUGGACACAUACUCGCGGGAUGAUGCGCAGGCAGCGAAGACGGACCAGUUUGUCUGGUUUGCGUCCAAGUGCCAGGGACACGGUGCCCGAGGCGAAGGCGCGACUAGUGAUCUGGCUGCUGCUGGUUCAGCCAUUUUUCGGAGAAAAAGGGAGCACCCCAUGAAGACUCUCUGCCCCCGAGCCUGCUUGACCGCAAGCACGAUGGAUCAAAUGCCUAGAAUAGGCCGUCCCCCCAAACACUCCCCAGCAGAUGCUGAAGAAGAGAAGCGACGCAGUGAUGAACAAGAUAGCCUGAAGGCAUACAACUUACUUCAGAGCGGGAAAGAAUGGAGCAUAAAGGGUUCGAGGGCUUCAAAUGUUCGGAGAGUGUUCCAGGAGCUGUAUGACACGGGAGACAAGGAAAGUGCGGCGACAAUACAGUUCUUACCCAGUGAAGCGACAGUCAUCGCUAUGAGAGGAACACCCAGCGUACUCAGAAAGCUCAAAAGGCAUCCCAACGGCACGAAAGAUAUGCCGAUCAUAUUGCCUCCCACCAUAGAACAGGUAGGCAGAGUCAUGGCAAUCCUAUUUAUCGAAUGUCCUACACACGGCCUGCGGUUUAUUUGCGGUAUGUAUUUGAUCUCGUCCCAGCUGCAGCGUACUUUACAAGAGGCUAUCAGCAACGUGAAUUCCAACCCACGUACUUCACGGGCGUUUCAGGCAGAACAAUCCCAAGGCGCACAAGACGCAUCACUCGAAGCUCAAGAUAGCGGGGCAGCCGCAGACUCGAGCAUCCUGGAAAACGGAGGAGGGCGCUGGGCGCAGGAGGCAAGUCACAUCAGCCAGGGUGGCAACUCUGGUGUCUGGAAUAGCACCUGUUCCCACGCCUCUAACUUCUUUAAUAUGGAUGUGCUCACGGGCGUUGAGGGAUACAGAAGAAACGACGAGGGCCUCCGAGCUGAGAACCGACGUCAAGACCUUCCUUCCACGCAAUGUUCCCCUGCUCGUACGGGACAAGGUGAAGGUUUGAGACCAGCCACGACAGAGGAAUGCCCGGCUUCGGCGACUGGCUUCUCGCAUGCUGCCGACAAUGUUCCAACCCAACCUAUUGAGAUGGAACAUUCGCCAGGCGCCGUAGAGAGAGCUACACCGGGCGUAAAUGACAAUGAAUCGUACGUCGCUGGUAUUCAUUAUGCAGGGCUGGACGCCGACAGUAGCAGGAGGGACAAAGUGCGUGGAUUCCUCUGUCUUGGCUCACUCAGCGACCAAAACGCUCAGCCAAGCUCCGCAAUCCCUCAUCAGACAUCGACACUGCAUUUAUUUGGCGAUAAUGACACCUCAAGGGACCCAGACACUCUUCUCGGACAUGAUAUGGACGCUGUUCUCCAGUCGUGGGACAUGGAUGCAAUUCUCGAGACCCAGCCGUCGGAUCUACCCUUAUGA